GAAUAUGCAAUAAACAUCUCCUUUGCCUAAAGAAAUAAAAGCUGGUAGAAAUCUGAUGUGCUGAUAUGCAUGGCACUUCACAAUCCACACUGCCCAGGUUUAAGGCAGGAAAAAGAUGUUCAUUUUCAUGGAAGUCUUCUUCCUCCUUAAUAUUACACUUCUCAUGGCCAAUUUCAUUGAUCCCAGGUGCUUUUGGAGAAUAAAUUUGGAUGAAAUAAUGGAUGAAUAUUUGGGAUUAUCUUGUGCUUUCAUCCUGGCAGCAGUUCAGACACCCAUUGAAAAUGAUUAUUUCAACAAGACUCUUAAUGUUCUAAAAACAACUAAAAACCACAAAUAUGCUUUGGCAUUGGUGUUUGCAAUGGAUGAAAUCAACAGAAAUCCUGAUCUUUUACCAAAUAUGUCUUUGAUUAUAAGAUACACUUUGGGCCGUUGUGAUGGAAAAACUGUAAUACCUACACCAUAUUUAUUUCGUAAAAAAAAAGAAAGCCCUAUCCCUAAUUAUUUCUGUAAUGAAGAGACUAUGUGUUCCUAUCUGCUUACAGGACCCCAUUGGGAGGUAUCUUUAGGUUUCUGGAAGCACAUGAACAGCUUCUUAUCUCCACGUAUCCUUCAGCUUACCUAUGGACCUUUCCACUCCAUCUUCAGUGAUGAUGAACAAUAUCCCUAUCUCUAUCAGAUGGCCCCAAAGGACACAUCUCUAGCAUUGGCAAUGGUCUCCUUCAUACUUUACUUUAGCUGGAACUGGAUUGGCCUUGUCAUUCCAGAUGAUGACCAAGGAAACCAAUUUCUUUUAGAGUUGAAGAAACAGAGUGAAAACAAGGAAAUUUGCUUUGCCUUUGUGAAAAUGAUCUCUGUUGAUGAUGUUUCAUUUCCACAAAAUACUGAAAUGUACUACAACCAAAUUGUGAUGUCAUCCACAAAUGUUAUUAUCAUUUAUGGAGAAACAUACAAUUUCAUUGAUUUGAUCUUCAGAAUGUGGGAACCUCCCAUUUUACAGAGAAUAUGGAUCACCACAAAACAAUUGAAUUUCCCUACCAGGAAAAAAGACAUAAGUCAUGGCACAUUCUAUGGAUCACUUACUUUUCUACCCCACCAUGGUGUGAUUUCUGGUUUUAAAAAUUUUGUACAGACAUGGUUCCAUCUCAGAAACACAGAUUUAUAUCUAGUAAUGCAAGAGUGGAAAUACUUUAACUAUGAAGACUCAGCAUCUACCUGUAAAAUACUGAAGAACAAUUCAUCUAAUGCCUCAUUUGAUUGGCUAAUGGAACAGAAGUUUGACAUGACCUUUAGUGAGAAUAGUCAUAACAUAUACAAUGCUGUGCAUGCCAUAGCCCAUGCCCUCCAUGAGAUGAAUCUGCAACAGGCUGAUAAUCAGGCAAUAGACAAUGGAAAAGGAGCCAGUUCUCACUGCUUGAAGGUAAACUCCUUUCUAAGAAGGAUUUACUUCACUAAUCCUCCUGGGGACAAAGUGUUUAUGAAGCAAAGAGUAAUAAUGCACGAUGAAUAUGACAUUGUUCACUUUGUGAAUCUCUCACAACACCUUGGGAUUAAGAUGAAGUUAGGAAAGUUCAGCCCAUAUUUACCACAUGGUCGACACUCUCACUUAUAUGUAGACAGGAUUGAGUUGGCCACAGGAAGAAGAAAGAUGCCAUCCUCUGUGUGCAGUGCUGAUUGUAGUCCUGGAUUCAGAAGAUUAUGGAAGGAGGGAAUGGCAGCCUGCUGUUUUGUUUGCAGCCCCUGCCCUGAAAAUGAAAUUUCUAAUGAGACAACUGUGGUACUUUGUGUCUUUGUGAAGCAUCAUGACACUCCUAUUGUGAAGGCCAAUAACAGAAGCCUCAGCUACCUAUUACUCAUGUCACUCAUGUCCUGUUUUCUGUGCUCCUUUUUCUUCAUUGGCCUUCCAAACAGAGCCAUCUGUGUCUUACAGCAAAUCACAUUUGGAAUUGUAUUCACUAUGGCUGUUUCCACAGUUCUGGCCAAAACAGUCACUGUGGUUCUGGCUUUCAAAGUCACAGACCCAGGAAGAAGAUUGAGAAACUUCCUGGUAUCAGGAACACCCAACUACAUUAUUCCCAUAUGUUCCCUACUCCAAUGUGUUCUGUGUGCAAUCUGGCUAGCAGUUUCUCCUCCCUUUGUUGAUAUUGAUGAACACACUCUCCAUGGCCACAUCAUCAUUGUGUGCAACAAGGGCUCAGUUACUGCAUUCUACUGUAUCCUAGGAUACUUGGCCUGCCUGGCACUUGGAAACUUCUCUGUGGCUUUCUUGGCCAAGAAUCUGCCUGACACAUUCAAUGAAGCCAAGUUCUUGACCUUCAGCAUGCUAGUGUUCUGUAGUGUCUGGGUCACCUUCCUCCCUGUCUACCAUAGCACCAAGGGCAAACACAUGGUUGCUGUGGAGAUCUUCUCCAUCUUGGCAUCCAGUGCUGGGAUCCUUGGAUGUAUAUUUGUACCCAAGAUUUAUAUCAUUUUAAUGAGACCAGAGAGAAAUUCGACCCAAAAGAUCAGGGAAAAAUCAUAUUUCUGAACAAAUAUUUAGGAAUUCUGUCAAAUGUAAAGUUGGUACAUACCCACCAAAUAUUGGGUUAUAGUGCAUGUGUCUAGUUUUAGAAUCACUCUCACUGGUUGCUCUAGUGAUAUCAGCAAGUAUCAUAUCUACUGAACUUCCCUACAGUGUCCAUAAAAUCUUGUACUCAUUCACUUUCUUCAUUUUCUCUCAGAGAACUAAACUCUCUAAUUAUUACAAUUUUAUUCUUCAUUUUGCUUUCAUGGAGAUUGCCCUCUGGUAACUUCCAAAAAAUGUUGAUAAGGCAGUUGAAUCCACCACUUUGUGUAGAAAAAUGAGAUCUAGGAAGACAGGGUUACACAUAAAAACCAUCUACCAAAAUAAAUAAUCAAUGAGAAACACAGACUAACUAAAUAAUCAGCAAAGAUGAAAUCAGAACAUAUUUUCUAAUUUCCAGUAAGAGCACACACAUAAGAAAAUACUUACUUUUUUCAUCUGUUCUUCAAUCUACUGGCCAAUAGUCUAAGGAGGAAAUGUUCCUUUUCUGCUGUCAAAUAAAAAUAUAUUAUAUCCAA